AUUCUAGUUCUAUCAACAGAUCAACACCCCAUUUGAUGUUUUAUUUGUUUUUUUUUGUGUGAAAAAAGUUUGUUUCGAAUAUGAAUUCUAUUCUAAAAUGUUUCACUGUAAUUGGAUUGUAUUUUUUUGUAUUAAUGACUAAAAUGGUUACUUCGUCAAUAGUCGAAGAAUGUUCAACUAUCGAUAAUUUAAACGAGGAAAGGCUUUUAAGCCUCGGUAAAAUUAUUGUUCCUGAAUUUGAAGGCAAAAGUAAAGGUGACGCUGGUAAAAUAUGUGUUAUAGGUGGAUCUACCGAGUACACUGGCGCACCAUAUUUUUCAGCUAUCUCAUCCUUGAAGGUUGGCGCUGAUUUAGUUUUUGUUAUCACUACUGAGAAUGCAGCACCAGUAAUAAAAUCGUAUAGCCCAGAUCUUAUCGUUUAUCCUUAUUUAAGCUCCAAGAACUUACCAAUAAUUGAAACAUUGCUAAAGAAAAUGGAUAUAAUCAUAAUCGGGCCAGGAUUAGGAAGGGAAGAAAACACAAUGACAUUAACUUAUGACAUCAUAGAAGCCUGCAAGAUGUUAAAGAAGCCAUUGAUUAUUGAUGCUGAUGGCCUGUACGCAGUUUCAAAUAAUUUGACUAUUAUUAAGGGAUAUCCCUUACCAGGAGCUAUCCUUACCCCCAAUAAUAAGGAAGCAAAGAGAUUUAUUACUGCAAUUUCUAGCAAUAGCACUUGGUACACUUUCUGGGGAGACAAUGUUAGCGUUUUGCAUAAAGGAGGUGAAGAUCACUACUACUCCAGUAUUGCUUCUUUCGAUUGGACUUUGUCAAAAGGAGGAUCUGGUCGAAGAGCCGGUGGGCAAGGUGAUAUACUUUCUGGAGCUUUGGGUACUUUUUAUACAUGGGCUUUGAAAUAUGAUCUUUGUGAUAACGAAAAGUCUGUUCAACUUGCACAAAGUGUGGCUGCUUUUUUAUCUGCUAGGUUUACGAGAAUAUGUAAUUAUAAAGCUUUUUGCAUUCAUGGUCGCAGUAUGACUGCUUCAGAUAUGAUUAACCAGAUUCAUGCCUCAUUUGAUGCUUUAUUUUUGUGAAUUUAUAAUAAUAUUGUGUAUACUCAUGCAAGUCUUGUAAAUCAUAUACAAAUUACAGUUUAUUUUUAAAUCUGC